ACGGGAGGGGGUUACGCACAUGGCUCUGAGCUCAAGUUUCACAAGGAACACUGGGAAUGAUGUAUUGAAACAUAUAUCCACCUUUCCCAAGGAUACUGGACUGAUGGGAAGGAUGUAUAUAUUAGGGACUCUAAUGCAACAGUAGGAGGCGACAAUGCUCCAUCUGGUUGCAAUGCGCCAAUAAAACAGAAGAAGAAGAGAGUCCCUGUGAACCAUUAGAGCUGUGAUCCAGGAUCGUUAGACUGGAAUAGGUGUUCAGUUUUGAGGACAAUGUGGCCAGCCCUUCUCCUGUGUCAGCUUGCCACGCUCCACCUCUCCCAAUCCUUCAGCCAUGUUUGCAUCUCACACCCAACAUUCAGGGAGCCAGUUAACACAGACAUUGAUGUGCUCUGCGGCACUGAGAGGGUGGAGCUCCAGAUCCUGCUGUGUCCCGUCUACUAUAAUGAAUACAACGAAUCGCUGAUGGCCCUGAACGCACAACAUUUCAAAGAAGAGUGCAAAGGGACUCCCGACUGGACAGCCGACCCACCUGUGCUCAAAUUCAACUUCUCCAUCAGAGAGGAAGCAAUUGCUGCUUGCCUCAACAAGCUGAUGAUCACUCAGGAGGUGGGGACUGGACUAUUCUCAGACUUCUCCCAUGUCCAGUUCAUCAAUAUCUCAGGCAUGAUCAAUUCCCUGGACACUGACACAGGAACCAUCACCUACCGCAAAGAGAUGACGUACAAGUUCUCCUGCCGCUAUCCGCUUCAGUAUCUGGUCAACAGCACCGAGAUGAGCACGUCCGGGACAAAAAUAACAAUCAAAGACAAUAAUGGAAGUUUCAUCAGCACACUAAGCAUGCAGCUGUAUGCGGACAGUUCCUACACUUCCAUGCUGCAGAUCCCUGCUGGAGGGCUGCAGCUCAAGACGAGGAUCUUUGUACAAGUGAAGGCCACUAACCUUACCAACAGAUUCAACGUGCUGCUUGACCGCUGUUAUGCCACAACUACCCCUUUCCCGGUCAACAGCGCCUACUAUGAUCUCUUUGUUGGGUGUAAUCGGGAUGGCCAGACUGUGAUAGGAGUCAACGGGCUGCAGCAGGAGGCUCGCUUCUCGUUUGAGGCCUUCCGCUUCAUCCAGCACCAGAACAGGACGCUGUCCACCUUCUUCCUGCACUGCGCCACCAGACUGUGCGAGCACACCUUCUGCUCCUCCCUCGUCCAGAAUUGUACCACACAUAUCAACUACAACAGCAACACCAGGAGGCGGCGCAGCGCUGAUGGCGCCCAGAGCACCACGGUGAGCAGCAUGGCCACCGUCAGCUCAGGCCCCAUCAACACCCGCGUCGACAACGGGUACCCUGUGGAGUCUGAAGUGGCUCAGCAGACACGUUCGAGCGGGACCUUGCUGGGCAUUGCCGUGGUAGCUGGUAUCAUAGGAGCCAUUUGCAUCACCUUGGUGGCUUGCAUCGCCUACCUCAUUUACAACUCCAGUGAGGCUUUCAACAAGAGUGCUCUCUACCAGCAAGAGUGA